AUUACAAUCGACUCCAUUGGAAUCCACGAUUUCAAUAAUUAAUAAAAUAAACAAAAGAGAAUUAUAAAAAAAAUUCAUUAUAACCAAAUAAUAGAAUUCCGAAUUUAUAACAAUAUAUUUUACUUUGCAACUGAAUUGCUAUAUUCUGCUAUAUAUACGAGGAGAGGUAUCUCGAACGGCAUCUAAAUAUUUAAAGAUAUAAAUAUUUUUCAAUAGUUUUAAACAAAAUGGAUGAUCUGCCUCGAUGUGAUGAUGAUAAAAAUGAAUCUUCAGAAUCAUCAACGACGCGUCGUGAAAAUGAUAAAAGGUGUAAAAUUAGAAGAAAACAAAAAGAAGCUGAUGAUAUAAUGGAAUCGGAAAACUUAUGUAGUAUUUCUCUUCCUAUUUGUCCAUCGGAAGAUAAAGGUUAUUUAUAUAGUUCAAGAAGCACGGGUGGAUCUUUAGACAAAGAUUAUUCCUCUUCAGAAAAGUCGAGUGUAAGUGAUAAUGACAGUGUUGAAGAACCUUAUAAUAAAUGUCAUGAUACUCCUACGGAUGAUUCUUCUAAGACAUUGUCAAAGAAAAUAGAUAUUGAGAAAAAUAAACAACCUUCUUCUGAUGACGAAUCGGAGGAUGAAGAUAACAGGCGUGAAAUUAAAGAUACAGAUCUUCAGCCUAAAGAUAAAAACAUUUGCAAAUCCGAAGAUCGGAUUAAAGAUACAAGUAAUCUUUUGGAUAACAAAGAUAUUAAAUCGGAUGAUCUUAUUUGUUUUUCCGAUGAUGAUACAGUAAUUCACAAGCAGGUUUCUGUUCCUUCUGGCACGCUAAACGAUAGCUAUUCACAAUGUAAAGAGGAAGAAGAAAAUGUGUGCGAUGUUUUAUCAUCACCUAAAGAGGAAAGAAAUGAAGUUCCUUGCGAUAUUUCAUCAUCCGAGAAGGUAGAAGAGAAAAAUUUGUGCGACGUCUCUUUGCCUUUUCAAGAAAAAGAAUCAUCAAUAUGUAAAGAAACAGAUGAAGAAAUUCCAUAUGAUGAAGUACCAUGCGAAAUUCCAUCAACAAUUAAGGAAGAAAACGAAGAAGUUCCGUGCGAUAUGCCGCCAUCGGUUAAAAAAGACGAUGAAGUAUCACACGAAAUUCCAUCAUCGUCGACAUCUGUAGAAAAAGAAGAAGCUAGUAAAGAAUCUAGUGUACAAGAAAGUCAGCAUGACGAUCAACAUAUAGAAGAAUCUAUAAGUGAAGGAUCCCCAGAAGAGGAAUUUUUGACAAAAAUAAUGCUUACUAUUAAAACUGGAAGCAUAGAUAAACCAUUAAGUAUUUCGCCUUCAUCUUCUGUAUCGUUUCCAAAGUACAUAUCAGCUAGUACAAGUAAGAAUUCUAUUGAAUCAUUAGCAGAAGUCGAACUAGAACCAGAUGAAAUUGUUUUCCCAUCUAAAGAAAAUUACGAUAAAAUAAGUGUAAAUUGGGAAAAAUAUUACGAUUUCGUCCCAGGAACAAAUUAUUUAAAAUUAGUAAAAGAUGAUCGCAGCAUAACCGAAGUGAGUUUCAGUAAGGGAAAUUUAAAAACUGAAGAAGGAACAGAAUAUACAUUAAGUGAAACGGAUUUACUUAAAAGUGGUUUUCAUUCUUUAUUCUUUUCUGCUUUUGAAGAUAAAUCUAAAACGUCUGCCCCAAACGUAACGGAAACAUUGAAAUCUCUACAAGAUUUACCAAGCAAUAUGGAAGGAGUUGAAAGAUGGUUGAAGAAAGAAAUCAAAUUAAUGGGUGAAAUUGAAAACAAGAAGAAAAAACUUACAAAAAUAGCAAAAGAAUUGUUAACGGAAAUAAAACAUUUAAAAACAAUAAAUGCAAAAUUGAAUAAAGAUUUUUGUACUUUAGAAGAAGAAAUUAACCAUCAUCCAAACAAACAGGAGGUCUUCGUGUUAAAGAAGAAAUGCCAGAAUUUAAAGGAUCAAAUUAACGUGCUGAAUUAUAAACAUGGCAGAUUGUUAAUUAAGAAAGAGCAGCGAUACGAAGCCUUUGAAAAUGAAUCGCGAGUACAUCAUAACGAUGAAAAUACUUUACUUAUACGAGUUGAAGAGCUAAAAGAAGAGAACAGAGAACUUUGUAAUUUUCUGGAAUCUUUCCAUGACGAUGCAAUUAACGUGUAUCAGUCUCUUAUAAAAAAUUUUAAUGCUUCCUUACAAGAAAUUAGGAAUCUCAGUUCGUUGUCAGAGCUUGCAAAAACAUAUCUCGAGAAAAAUUGUAACUCCAUGAAAGAGUUGCAAGAAUUGGUUGAAGAAAAUAAUGUUUAUUUUAAGAAAAUUUACGAUAAUGUGGAUAAUAUGGAAAAGUACAUCGAUCAUUUCAACUCAACUUUAGAUCCUCUAGACGAGAAAUCUAAUGAUAUAUUAGAUUAUAUUAAUAAUUUAAACACGGAAAUUAAAGAGUUUGUUAAAAAUUUUAACGCUGUAAAUGAUUUUCUGAAUCAGAAUGAAAUUAGAAAUUUUCAAGUAAAGGAUAAGGUAGGUGAAUUGAAUACAAUGUUUAAUUUGUUAAAGGAAGAGAAAAAACAUAUAUUAGACGUAGAGAUCCAUAUUAAAAAAUUAGAAAAACUCAUAGAGGAGGAGACAAACAAGUGUAAAAUUGAAAAAACAAAAUUCAAGAAUGAAUCCGAACAAAAACGUUUGCAAAGAAACUACUUUGACUACAAACUUGCGAAACUCUUCUACUUUCUGGAAGAAAUGGAAGAGAUGAUAGCAGAAUUAAAAGCCGACCAGGAUGAAGGAGUUAAAAUUGAUGAUGAUGAAUUAAAAUCCGAAUCUGCAGAUGAUGCCGAAGUGCCAGACAAAAAGAAAUUUUCGAAAACAUUCAUACGUAGCGAUGCCACUAAGGAUGGGGUAUAUACCACGACUGGUUUGAGUUCUUUUGAAGAGAUAAAAUAUCCACAAAAGAUUACGGAAGAUAUUCCAAAAUCUUCGCAAAUCUGGAAGACGAAACUAUCUUGUGGAUAUAAAAAUCUAACGUCGAUACCCGAAGAUAUUCAUGAACAAUUGAGUGAUGUUUAUGGAACAUUUAGCGCUAAAGAUACUGUUUCAACUCAGUUACAAGAUUCUGGCGCGAAGGUUGCAUUUAACGUUUUUGACGGACUUUAUCGUUUGGAUUUUGAUACGGAUGUGAAAUUAAAUGAUGAAUUCGAAAGUUUUGAUCUUUUGUUGUUUGUUGAUUUGUAUUGCGAUUGCGAGUGGCCUGAAAGACAAAGAGAAACAAAAAGUAAUCGUAAUUGAUGAUAAUAAUUGGAAUGACGUUCUCGAAAAUGAGUGGAUGUUGGAAUUUUACGCACCUUGGUGUCCUGCUUGCAAAUCACUAGAAACUACUUGGGAAGAGUUUGCAGCUUCUAGCAAAAAAUUAGGUAUUAGCGUUGGAAAAUCAGAUGUUACUACUAACCCAG